CGCUAAUGUUGUUGUGUUAUGCAUGCACCGUGGUUUGUUGACCAUGCUUGAAUAGCAGUUUGGCUUUGCUACAUAGGAAUGCCGCCCCUCUACGAAAGACCAGGGGCUCAUAUUUGAAUUCUCACUGAAACUCAACACACCGAAACAGCUCCUUCAACAUGUUUAGAGUGUAGGUGGGACGUGGGCGACAGCAUACUACAAGUAGGCGCGGUAAAGAUAGACUUUAAUCGUGCACGGUACAUACUACUAGCUACGCUACUUGUGUUUGACCAUGGUCAACAUUGGCAUGGAAGAUAGUUGUUUCAGGGAUAUGCAUCAAUUUAGAAGGGGUAGUCUUGACCGUGAAGUUGGUCGGUCUUCCCGUGGAGAUCUCAAAGGAAUUCGGCACCUGAUAUGGCUUACUCGAUUGCUAAUCGUAAUCAUGCUACUUGUGUGUUCAGCUCUUGUUAUGUUGGUUUACACGCUCCACUACUCAGUGUCGAAUCAGCACCCACCCCCCCAAGACAAUCACAUGGGAGACAGCACUCAGAAACAGCUACAACUGAAAGCCAAUUCUAAUGCCUUUUUGACAGCGCCAGAUACUCACCACACAAACUCCUUUGCACCCAUUGAGUGGGAGCGUAACCGUGGGAAUGCUCACCUCGGUACUUUCACGUCUAACGGCACAGACCUCAUUGUGCCCAGAGAUGGCACCUACAGGAUUUACCUGCAGAUUACCUACAUGGGUCCCAAGAAUGUGCCAGUAGGAGCGCUCGCGAAUGUGGCCAGCCUGGAAUUUUAUCUUCAUAAAUUUGGAUUGGGCUACAAAAAGGACAUUCGUCUGCUGAGCUUUUAUGACACAGUAGACUUGAAUUCGUUGAUUCGGAAAUCCCUAAACACGGCAGCAACAUUUGAUCUAAAGUUCAAUGACCGGCUCAAAGUUAAAACAAAUAAACCUGAACUCAUGGUACUAAGUGAGGACACAACAUUUUUUGGGGCAGAUCUUAUUAGCUGAUAUUGUAAAGGCAUCACUCAGCACAUUCACCACUCACUUUGACUGCAAAAUUGAGCCUUUUGCAUACCCUACAGUCAAGGCAUUCUAGACGUUUAAUUGGCUUUAUUGCUCAACUGUAUAUUUUAAUGGAGAGACAAUUGAGUCAUAGUGUCACAGGCACUGCGCUGUUAGUAGGUAUCCAACUACAGACUGGGGUUGACAGCAUUUUAGUUACUGUAGUAAUGGUUGGGCGUGGGUUUAGGCAGUUCACCCCUGUUACACUGCCGUUGCAAUGUGAAAACCGAGCUGCAGUAGAAGAAUCUCUUUUGGCUUUAAAUCUUGAUUGUACCCAAAACAAUGAUGUACUUUAGAUGACAAUGUUGCUAAGGCAACUGUUUUGAGCAAUCUGUUUUCAGUCCAUGUGGCAACUCACGUUUGCAUAAAAGGAAUAGGCUCUUGCCAUCACUCUGAGAUGUCUGAGCAAACAUAGGAUAUAAGACUCACUGUCUAUUGAAUCAAACAAAGGGUAACCCAAACCUCAAAAUAAGUUGUCCCAGAGGCUUGUACUAAAAUCUCAUUCAUGCCCUUUUAAAUAGAAAGUGUGAUACUGUGGCUUGUUAGUAGAAGAUGACUUUGAACUCAAAAUGCAAUGAUCAACUAACUUUUAUAGUCAUCUUUUUAGAAUGGCUUGCUUCCUGUUUACACAAACAAAGGGUAGGCUAAUCUGUCAUUCAUAUUAUUUCAUACUGUUGGAUCACUAUGAUCAGAUGAGGGAAGCUAUGUUUGCAAUUGGAUUGUUCAGUAUACUUUGUGUAAAAUAAAA